AUAUGGUGUGGGAAAAAUAGAAGAGAGAGAGCGCACAAAACCUCCGUUUGUUCAGAGAGAGAGAGAGAGACAGCAGCGGGUUGCGCUCACGUUUGCUCGUCGCAGGCUGUCGUAGCGUUUGAGGCCGUAUUUUGUUACCCAAUUUAUUUGAAGAUCUUGUCGCUCAGAUCGAGCGCAGAAAGGAGGAGGAAAGAAAAUCCCAUUUGCACAUGGGGAGAGAUGUUGUAGGUCUUCGUAUUGAUAAAAAGUCCAACAUGGUCAAUGAUAAAUCAAAUGGCACCAUCCGUGUUGCUCCAAAAGCUGUACAAGAGAAACCUGGAAAAAAUGAUUAUGAGAUGAAUGACAAUGACACGAAUGCUAGAGUUCCGGAUGACUACGAUAAGAAACAAGAUGUGCUAGGGUUGAAAAGCAACAAUCACCAACCUGAGGAGAAGAUUUUCAAUGCUGAGGCUCAGAAGUCUCCUGAAAAGAAGUCAAACUCGCCAGCAAAACCUGCAUCGGGGUCUACUGUUAAUGGGAUAACUGAUGCAGAUCCAUUAGAGCCCCUAACUCCUAGUUUAGAGGAUGAUAAACAAAUCUCGCAUGUAAACCAUUCUAAUGGGUCUGAAAGCAAUGAUUCUGGUACAGAAAUUUUGCCCAAGUCUCGUGAUUCACAUUCUCCUGGAUCAGCAAAGAAAUUGCAGCCAAUCGCACAUUUGUCUUCAAGGAAGCUGCUGGCGCCUCAUUGCAAAAAUUAUAACGAUGAAGAAGAUAAUUGGUCCUUGGCUUCCUCUACUGCAACUUCUGUACGGAUGAGAGUCACAGUUCCAGUUGCUCCAAGAUUCAAUUGUGGAAACCGUUUAGAGAGGCGUAAGGAGUUUUACACUAAGUUGGAAGAGAAGCACAAAGCCUUGGAGAAAGAAAAACAUGACUAUGAAGCUAGAACCAAGGAAGAAGAACAGGCAGCAAUAAAGCAGCUUAGGAGGAACAUGAUGUACAAAGCAAAUCCUGUCCCUAGCUUCUAUCGGGAAGGACCUCCACCAAAAGUCGAGCUCAAAAAGCUGCCUGUCACCCGUGCCAAAUCACCUAAUCUAACCAGGAGAAAGAGCUGUGGUGAUGCAGUCAAAUCGAUUACUGAGGACAAGGUAUCUUCUGGGCGAGCAUCUCGUCACAGUGUUGGUGUCUAUAGAGAAGGCAAAGCUUCUCCUCUUCUGAAAAAGGCCUCACCUAUAACCCCUAAAAGUAAGGAUCAAACUAAUGCGUGGAAGUUAAAUGGAUCUAACAAAGCCAAGAUUCCCACGAAACAAUCUAAAGUGAAGAGCGAAAAUUCUCGAGCAAAAGAGCAGGGGAAUGCAGAUAUUGCAGUUCAAUCUUGAUGUUGAUGUUUUUUACUGGUAGUCGUAGUUUUACCUUCGCCUGGAAAACUCUCUCGAGUUUCCAUAUGAUUGUGCAAGGCAACUUUGUUACCUGCAGUGACUUGCCAAAGGUGAUGUCUGAAUUCUGAGUUGUAUAUUUUGUGUAAUUUAUAGCGUCCUGUGCUCUUACAAACAACACAUUUUGCUUAUUAUCUGUAUAACUUGUGGUUUUGCUCUA